AUGGCUGCCUCGGAUUCCAUUAAGCUCGCUGACUAUCUGUUCACGCGUCUCCGCCAGCUUGGGGUGAACUCAGUCUUUGGCGUCCCGGGUGAUUAUAAUUUGCGCCUGCUGGACUUCGUCGUCCCAUCGGGUCUACACUGGGUGGGCAACUGCAAUGAAUUGAAUGCGGCGUACGCGGCCGAUGGCUAUGCCCGUAUGAACGGGCUUUCUGCGGUUGUAACAACCUUCGGUGUCGGAGAGCUCUCGGCAGCCAACGGCAUCGCUGGCGCAUACGCCGAGAGAUCUCCCGUUGUUCAUAUUGUCGGGACUCCGCCCCGACCCCUUCAGAGCUCGCGCGCCUUGAUGCAUCAUACCUUCUCAGAUGGCGAAUACCGCCGCUUUGCAGCCAUGUCGACACACAUCACUGUCGCCCAGACCAACAUCAUGAACUCCAUCUCCGCGCCGGAUCAGAUCGAUCAGAUUCUCCAGCAGGCGCUGAUCCACAGCCGGCCUGUGUAUCUCGAGAUUCCAGAUGACAUGCCUGAUGUUCUUGUCUCCGGGGCCAAUUUGGCAACCCCAAUCCGGGUUCCAGUGGUGCCCAGUCCCUCCCACGAGCCCAAGGUCAUCGACCGUAUUCUAGAACGGUUGUACAGUGCGAAGCAACCACUGAUCUUGGUAGAUGGUGAGAGCCGGUCUCUCGGUAUCCUGGAUCAAAUUGAGAAGCUAGUCAAGACAACCAAUUGGCCAACGUGGGUCACUGUAUUUGGAAAGGGCCUUGUCAAUGAACAGCUCCCUAAUGUAUACGGUCUUUACGCCGCAGGAUUCGGCGACCAGCCUGCGAAGGACUAUUUUGAGUCCGCAGAUCUCAUAUUAACAUUCGGCCCACACUACAGCGAUACCAACAGUUACUUCUACACAACAGUACCCAAAUCAGCAGCCGCAAUCUCUUUCAAAGACCACACCAUCCAGAUCGAAAACGAUAUCUACCGGGAUAUGUGCGCCCCGGAUGUCCUGGACAAGGUACUAGAAGCCCUAGACUCCCUCCGUCUAUGCAAAGCGUCCGGUCCAGAGAAAGUAGAAGUCACUACAGACGACAUCAAGAGCACCGACCUCAUGAUGCAAACCAAUUUCUACCGCCUCGUCAACCCACUCUUCCGCGAAGGCGACAUCAUCCUCGCCGAAACAGGUACCGCCUCCUACGGCGGCCGCUCCUUCAAACUCCCCCCGAGAUCCCGUUUCUUCACCGCCGUCACCUGGCUCUCCAUUGGCUUCAUGCUGCCCGCCACGCUGGGCGCAGCUCUUGCUAAGCGAGAACACAACCAGGCCAGCGGUGCCAGCAACCAGACGGUGCUGAUCAUCGGCGACGGCAGUUUGCAAAUGACCGCGCAGGAGAUCAGCGUGAUGAUCAAGGAGAAGCUGAACAUCCUCAUCUUUAUCAUCAACAACGAGGGCUACACCAUCGAGCGGGUCAUCCACGGCCGAAAACAGGCAUAUAACGAUGUGCCGUUCUGGCGGCACACCCAGGCGCUGCGCUACUUCGGUGCGGACGAGGAUGCUGUCGCGAACAACAUCUUCACGGUGCGGACGUGUGGCGAACUACAAGAGGUUCUGGAGAACGAGCGCGUGCACAGUGGAAGCGGAGUUCGGUUGGUGGAGGUCUUGAUGGAGCGGGAAGAUGUGCAGGGCCCACUAUUGUAUCUCCUCAACAAGCAGAAAGCAGAGGAGGCAGCAGCAACAGAAGGGCAAUAA